AUGGCCAAGCAAAGCAAGCCCCACAGCAUCGAGCGUGGGAUACAAGAGCAUAAUUACGUGUCGGGUAGCAUCGGUCUUGCCCUGGCGCUUCUCAAGGAGGCGAUCAAGCUCGGCACGGAACUCGACAAUGCUUCUGAUGCGAAAGGCCCGUCUCAAGUCCUCAGCUCCAGAGUCUUACUUCUCAAGCGCAAACUGGACGAAGCCGUCGAAUAUCCAGCAUUCAGCGUCGACUGA